AGCUCUUCAGGGCAGCCAAGGAUGGGGGAGGCCUAGCAGCAAAGCAGCAGAGUGGGCGGGGCACAGACCCGGCCCAGGGCUCCGUGAUGUCAGCGGGAGCUGGCAGGGAGAGGGGGGUCGGCUGUUUUUCUGGAGUUAGAGUUGUGUGAGACAAAGCACAGCACCGUUCAUGCAGGCGCCAUGGAACUGCUGUCCUGCGUCUUUCUGUGGAAACUGGUGCUUCUUCAGAGUCCUGCACUCCUCUUGUCCUCAGGGCUCUCGGGGCUCGCUGCGGCUGGCAGCUCUGUGGUGUCUGAGUCUGCAGUGAGCUGGGCAGCCGGAGCCCAGGCUGUGCUACGGUGCCAGAGCCCGCGCAUGGUGUGGACCCAAGACCGGCUGCACGACCGCCAGCGCGUGGUCCACUGGGACCUCAGUGCUGGCCCGGGCAGCCAAGGGCGCCGACUGGUGGACAUGUACUCGGCUGGCGAACAACGCGUGUACGAACUGCACGACCACGGCCGCCUGCUGCUAUCGCCUUCUGCCUUCCAGGACGGCAAUUUCUCGUUGCUCAUCCGCGCGGUGGAGGAGGGCGACGAAGGGGUGUACACCUGCAGCCUGCACCACCACUACUGCCACCUGUACGAGAGCCUUGCUGUGCGCCUCCAGGUCACUGAGGAUCCCCGCUUAGCACGUGAGUACUGGGACGGCGAGAAAGAAGUGCUGGUGGUGGCGCGCGGCGCGCCCGCCCUGCUGACCUGCGUGAACCGUGCUCAUCUAUGGACCGACCGCCACUUGGAGGAGGCGCAGCAGGUGGUUCACUGGGACCGGCAGCCACCUGGGGUGCCACACGACCGAGCCGACCGCCUGCUUGACCUGUACGCUUCCGGGGAGCGCCGUGCCUACGGGCCUCCCUUCCUGCGGGAUCGCGUGGGGGUGGACACCGACGCGUUUGCGCGUGGCGACUUCUCCCUACGCAUUGACGCGCUGGAGCUGGCUGACGAGGGCAUCUACUCUUGCCACCUACACCACCACUACUGCGGCCUGCACGAGCGCCGGGUCUUCCACUUGCAGGUCACAGAGCCUGCUUUCGAGCCACCUGCUCGGGCCUCGCCUGGCAACGGGUCUGGUCACAGUAGCGCUCCAGGCCCAGAUCCCACGCUGGCACAAGGCCGAAGUGUCAUCAAUGUCAUAGUGCCAGAGAGUCGAGCACACUUCUUCCAGCAGCUAGGCUAUGUGCUAGCCACACUACUGCUCUUCAUCUUGCUGCUCAUCACCGUGGUCCUCGCUACCCGCCAUGGCCAUGGCGGAGGAUGUAAGACCUCAGACAAGAAGGCUGAGAAAUCAAAGGGGAAGGAUGUGAACAUGGUGGAGUUUGCUGUGGCCACAAGAGACCAGGCUCCUUAUAGGACUGAGGACAUCCAGCUAGAUUACAAAAACAACAUCCUAAAGGAGAGGGCUGAGCUGGCCCACAGCCCCCUGCCUGCCAAGAACGUGGAUCUGGACAAAGAGUUCAGGAAGGAGUACUGCAAGUAAAGGGACCCUGAGCUGCUGGCUGGGCCAGCAGCUCUGUCUCAAAGGACACUUCCCUGACCUUCACAUGGCUCUCCGGGAUCCUUCCCAGCGGCUGGUCCCGUUUUUCUAGAAACCUGGCCUGAACCGGGCAGAGUGGCUGCAUGCACUCUGCUCUUCCAAGAAUUACCCUCAUCCUGGUGAGCAACCGUGGGUUCCCUGACUAUGGUGUAGUAUGGUUGCUGCCUUAUAGCCACUGCUGCUUACUGGUGGCUCUUGCCUUCUACUUUGGCACAACCGAGAUGCUUUGUUGAUGUGCACCAAACCCUCAGUUCCUCCUGGCCUCUUCCUGAUAGGGGCAGGAAGACACUUCAAGUUUCCAGUCAAGACUCCUAGUUGCCUAGUUGUACAACUCUUAGUGUACCCCUUGUCCAGGGGAGCCCCAGGGUCUUUCUGGGCUGCGCCAUGCCUAUGCAUUGCUUAGAAUCUUACUGCCAUCUGUCUGACUCAUGGACCCUUCUUACUGCUUUGGGCCACUUGGGGCUGGCCCAUGGCCCUUUUUCUGCUUCUGACCCCUUUCUGUAGCAUGCCUUCUAAGAGUCACCUUGACAGUCACUGGGCACCAUGUGACUUUUGACCUUGACACCCCUCCCUGGGCUGGUGUAUGGGAUUGGGGCCCCAAUUGGCUUGUGUUUUGGCUGAAGAUGGGGUGGAGAAGUUGUGAAGAGCGUUCUGGGUGGCCUGUGCUGCCACAUCAAACAGCCAUCAUUUGUUCUUGCGGGAGGAGUUUUUAUGUCAUAAUAAAGGCUACAUUUGAUUUUUA